CUAUUUGUCGCAAGUUGGGCUACCGUAUAGAUGUCCUGUUGAAGCAUUAAUUGCUGAAAGAGCAACAGAUAAUAGAAAAGAGUCUCCAAUGUCAUCCAUAGUCGGAAUACUGCAAUCUGAAUCAUUACUAUUCGCUAACGCUGCUUCCCUAGUCUCAGAACACUGAAGCAAAUCAAAUCUUGUAACUCUAUACAAUUAUUUUAGGGAACGUCACUCGAGAGUUACUUCCCUUAAAGUAAUUCCAAGAUGGCGCCAAAACAGAAAAACGCACGCGACGAACUCAAACAAGAAGAUAUACUUCAAGCUGUUUUGCUUGCUGAUAGUUUUAAUUACAGAUUUUCUCCAAUUACAGAAGAAGUACCCCGGGUUUUGUUGCCAUUAGUAAAUAUACCAUUGAUUGAGUAUAGUCUUGAAUUUCUUGCUGCAGCAGGGAUUGAAGAAAUCUUUGUCUUUUGCAGUAGCCAUUUCAACCAAAUUGAUGAUUACCUACGAGAUGCAGGUUGGUAUAAGAAAUCUUCACUGACUGUGACUGUAGUCAUCUUGAAAGGCUGUUACUCUCUUGGGGAUGCAAUGCGAGAUAUUGACAAUCGAGCACUGAUUCGUAAUGAUUUUGUUUUGUUAUUUGGAGACACUGUUGCCAACUUGAAGCUGACAGAUAUUGUACAAAUUCACAAAAAAACUCGUGAAGCCAAUAAACUUGCUGUUAUGACAUUAAUAAUGAAAACUGCAAAGCCAGGACACCCAGCCCGCAGUCCUGAUGAUGACUUUGUUAUAUCUGUUGACAGUUCCACCCAAAGAGUACGACAUUACCAAAAGGUCAACAAUACCACUACAAUUUCAACUACUGCUAUCAGUAAGAAAAGACCUAAAGUGUCAAACAUCCACUACAAUUUAUUGGACUGCCAAAUUGCUGUCUGCUCCCAGUUUGUGCCACAGAUGUUCACAGAUGAUUUUGAUUACCAAACACGAGAUGACUUGAUCAAAGGAAUCCUUGUCAAUGAAGAGAUUACUGGAAACUCUAUACACAUCCACAUUGCCGAAGAAAGCUAUGCUGUCCGUGUAUCAAAUCUUCACAUGUAUGACACAGUCAGUCGAGAUAUUCUUCAGAGAUGGUGCUACCCAUUGGUACCUGACAUCCUUAUUCCUGCCAAAAACAAAGAUAAUUUUGUUUCCUAUGGCCGCUACAAUACUUACCAAUGUUCUGCUGUUACUCUGGAACGUGGUUGCAAGCUUAUACAAAAUGUUUUGGUUGGAAAAGGCACAACUAUUGAAAGUGGUUCUGUGAUUACAGAUUCUGUUAUUGGCAACAACUGUAAAAUUGGUAAAAAUGUGCAGAUUAACGGAGCAUAUCUAUGGGAUAAUAUCAUUGUUGGUGAUAACUGCUCGAUCAACAGCUCCAUUUUAUGUAGCAGUGUUGUUUUACUAAACAAUGUCAUUGUCAAGGAAGGAAGCAUUCUUUCAUGGAAUGUAAAAGUUGGGGAUCUUAAAUCUAUAAUUAUUGGACCCAGUAUCCGAUUGAUGUCUCGGCCAUUAUCUUCUGACUUUGCUGAUGAUGAGGUACAGAAUGAAGAAAUGCUAAAGAGUGACCCUGUGUAUGGAUCCGAAAGCAAAGCCUUCAAAUAUGAGGAUGAUGAAGAAGAGAAUGAUAGUGAUGAUGAAGAGGAAAAGCUGACUCAUGACAUAUGGGGUACUAAAAUCCCAAACCUUUGCAAAGAUAUUGAUACUUGUAGUUCAGUAAACAGUCUUAGUGAUGACCACAUGUCCGACUUCGAUGAACCUCCUCUUGAUGAUUUCAAAAUGUUUUACACUGAACUUAGAGAUACACUACUACGAGCUGAGGAAGAAAACAUCAGGCCUGAUAACCUUAUUCUUGAAAUAAAUUCUUUGAAACAUUCCUACAAUAUUGCCAUUAAAGAACUAAACCAAGCUGUCAUGAGAUUAACCAUUGAAAUGCCACUGACAUCACUCAGCAAUGCUAGUGCCAACCAGAUACUGGCUGCCAUUAAGAUUAAUCUAACAAAAUGGUUACCUUUAAUAAAAAAUUACAACCGAAGUGUCGAAUCUCAAACAGAUAGUCUUGAAGCCUUGAUGGAGUCUGCUGUUGAGAAUUCUCAGAUUGCUUAUAUCUUCCCAAAUAUCCUAAGUAUCCUUUACGACAAAGACGUCCUUGAUGAAGCUGCUAUUAUCCAAUGGCACAAAAAAGAACCAGCAUUAGAUCAAGCGAAUCAAAGAAACAUAUGGAAACGGGCAGAGAAAUACAUCAACUGGUUAGAGCAAGCUGAAGAAGAAGACGAUUCAGAAUAAAAUUAGAUUGCUUCAAAUGAUAAA